GCAUGUAGCAUUGCUUAAAAAGCCCUGUGCAGGAGGGUGAGCGUGUUGUCACUCGAUGCAAGUUUUUGAAAACAUUCUGUUGAGGUCGAUGACAGUGACGAUGAAAGAUAAUAUGCCAAGGUAUAAGAAUGGAUUAUGAACGGUUGCUACUUGCACACAAGAUUUCCGAAGAAUUUAUAGAAGACAGAAAUAAGGGAAAGUACUUUUGUAUUCUCUUGUUUGAUGACGAUUCACACAGAGUUCCAAUCAUCUUUGAUAGUGGACGUACCUAUCCAGUAAUAGAUUGUGUUUGUGAAUGGUUAUUCAAACGGAAUACGAGUCUUCAUAUCACCAAGAUUAUUCAAAAAGUUAAUUCUUGCUUAACACAAUGUGGUAGGGGUCUAGAAAUAACGCAAGAUGAUUUGAAAUACACCUUUCUCAACCCUGAAGUUGAUGGUGAUCGUUCGAUUUCAUUUGAGGGAAUAGACAGAAGAGAAUUAUGGGGUUACCUUGCAAGAAAAAUACCAGGUAUUGAUAUUCGGUACAUAGCACACUUUCUGAUUCCCUACGACGACGUGGAAAAAAUAUUCAUAGACAAAAGAGGAGAUAUUGAAGGAGUAACUGUGGCUGUACUGGAGAGCUGGGAUAAAAGAUCUCCAUCUUGGCAUCAAUUAAAAUCAGUUUUGGAAUUUUUAAACAUGGAACAACUUAUCGAAGACAUUGAAGAUCGAAUCAAGAAUGGAGAAAGCUAUCAGUUUUAUAAAAACUUCAGAGGGGAUAUCAUUGUGUUAUUAAAUUUUGCGACAAAACAAUUUAAUAUUCAGAAUCAUUCAGAAAAUGUUGUGAAAGAUCUGAAAAAAGACGUCGACUUUAAGAUAACAGAAAAUGAAGGGAAGAUGUUGAUUCAUGUUUUUAAAGACUCACAGUUCCAGCCUAAAAAAAUAGAAAUUCUCUCAGUUGAUGAUUCAUUUUUAAAGAUAUCUGUAUCAAUAUCUUUUUAUUACAAUAGGAAAAGAUAAUAACGUCACCUGACAAACCUGUAUAUAA